UUUUAUAAAUUGACAUCUGUAUUCUGUCAUGGGGAUAGUAGUCUGCACUCUGCACCGCCACCAACUAAAUCUGUGACUCUGCAACUGCAGUGUACUGUGCAAUAAGCAAUUGAUAAUCAUAUAACCUUGUAUUAUAAUAAAAAGGCGGUAACUAUUUAUACAAAUGGCAGAUGAAGAAAUUAAUGGAGAUACCGAUGAUAUCCAGCAUGACAAAGAUAAAAACCAAAAGAAAACUGCAAAACACGAUAGCGGAGUAGCAGAUCUAGAAAAAGUUACAGACUAUGCAGAAGAAAAAGAAAUAUCAUCUCAAGAUAUAUCGGGUGCCCUUUCAUUGAUUGGUGAUAGAAGAAAUAAAGAAGCCGCAGAAAGAUUGGAAAAAGAAAAAGAGCUGCAAAAAGUUUCAGUUAAAAAAGAAGAUAUUGCACUAAUUGUAAAUGAAAUGGAAAUCUCAAAGUUUUUAGCAGAGAGAACACUAAGGGAACACAGAGGUGAUGUUGUUGCUGCAUUAACAACACUUACAAAUUAAAUUUAAAAUAGACUUAUCUACACAUACAUUUUUGUUUUAUUCAGUUUUGUUUUAAUAAAAUAUUUUUUGUGAUAUA